AUGGCUCCCAAGAUUGCCAUUGUCUUUUAUUCCAUGUACGGCCACAUUCGGCAGCUGGCCGAGGCCGAGAAGAAGGGCAUCGAAAAGGCCGGCGGCCAAGUCGACUUGUAUCAGCUCCCCGAGACGCUCCCCGACGAAGUCCUGGCCAAAAUGCACGCCCCGGCCAAGCCCACUGAUAUCCGCGUCUUGGAAGAUCCCACAGUCUUGACUAAGUACGAUGCCUUCCUCCUUGGUAUUCCCACCCGAUACGGCAACUUUCCCGCUCAGUGGAAGACCUUCUGGGACAAGACGGGCGGUGUCUGGGCCUCGGGUGGCUUCUACGGCAAGUAUGCCGGCCUCUUCGUCUCCACGGGCGGCCACGGUGGCGGCCAGGAGUCGACGUGCAUCGCAGCCAUGUCGACUCUCGCCCACCACGGAAUCAACUACGUCCCGCUCGGCUACGCAAAAUCCUUCGCCCAGUUGACCAACCUGUCCGAGGUUCACGGCGGCAGCCCUUGGGGUGCCGGCACCUUCGCCGGCGGUGAUGGCUCCCGACAGCCCAGCGCUCUCGAGCUCGAGAUUGCCACCAUCCAGGGCGAGACCUUUUACCAGACCGUUGCCAAGGCCUUUGGCUAG